CUUUUGAGACUCAUAUAUAAGUAGUUUAACCAGUUUAAAAGUCUUUAGUCGUAAGACUCUUAACUGUUAAACCUAUUAUAUAGGAAUUUAUUGGAAAUUUGAAAUUUGAAGUUUGAGUUUUGGAAAGUCGUGGAAAACUAUUUGUCAUUUUGAGAGUGUCACAGAUCAUGAACGGCGAGUUAAAUGGCAAUCAUGUCAUACAAUCAAUGGAUUAUAAUACAAAUGAUAAUAAUAAUAGACAAACAGUAAGACUACGAGCGGCCACCUAUUUAUCGCCCAGUAUUCCCAUCGAGUAUUUUGAGAUUAUUCUGGAUUACCUGAAAACACGGUUGGGUUACAUCGACACGAGUUUGCGAUACGAGUCCAACACACGUAACAUAAUUCAAGUGUUCGCCGACAAUGAGAUAGAUAUCGCGUGGAUCAGUGGCACAUCCCAUAUACAACUGGCACAGAAAGGAAAGGCUGCUCUACUGCCGGUGUCAUCCGUGCACAUACAUCCCGACGCUGCGGACAGUGCCGGGUACUAUUGCGAUGUCAUCAUACACGAGUCGCUCGGAUCACGGGUUAAAUGCUUUGCUGAGCUCCGGGGCUGCAAAUGGGUAUACAAUGCCAGCCAAUCGCUGACCGGACACUACAUAACGAUGAAGGAGUUGAGACAUUUGGGCGAAAACUCGUCCUUUUUUGGCCACAAACAGGAGUCGGCCUCCGAUUUGCAGUCCAUUCAUAUGAUACUCAACCGCCAGUCGGACGCCACGAUCGUCGACAGCAAUUGUUUGCAGAUAUUUCUCGCCAGAAACCCG